AUGGCUGACGAAGGACAUAAUGGCAAUGCUGCUGGAGAUGCCGAGCCGGAGAACUUCCGCAAGAUCUUUGUUGGUGGACUCACCGGCAAUACGACGGACGAAGUCAUGCGAGAGUUUUAUUCGCAGUUUGGAGAGUUGACUGAUAUAAUCGUGAUGCGUGACCCGAACACCAAACGCUCAAGAGGAUUCGGAUUUGUUACUUUCGCUACUAAAGCAAAUGUGGAUGCUGCGAUGGCCGCUCGCCCUCACGUGAUCGAUGGGAAAACUGUGGAUCCGAAACGAGCUGUACCGAGAGACGAUAAGAACAGAAAUGAAUCGAAUGUAUCCACGAAGCGCCUCUACGUUAGUGGUGUCCGUGAGGACCAUACAGAAGAGAUGUUUUCCGAAUAUUUCGGCAAAUUCGGCAAUGUAGUAAAGGCACAAAGCAAUCGAGAUCGUAUUGAUCGCUUAGGUCGUUCACGUGGAGAUGUACGUGGUGGACACGGCGGGCCAGGAGCUGGUUGGGGAAGUCAACAAGGCGGAGCAGGUCGUGGAGGUUGGGGACAGCAGGGUGGUUAUGGUUAUGGUGGCCCACAAGGCGGCGGAUACGGACAGCAAGGCGGAUAUGGAGGAUAUGGAGCGCAGCAAGGCUGGGGUGAUCAAGCAGGAUGGGGACAGCAGUCGAGCGGAGGUUGGGGUGGCCAAAGUGGCGGUUGGGGUCAGCAGUCAGGAGGAUGGGGAGCUGGUCAACCGUCUGGGCAACAGCAGUGGGCUAAUGCUCAAGGUGGCGGCAGAUACUAA